UUUCAAUUUUAUCAGCGUGGCGGUAGACAGAGUGUGUUUGUAUUUUAUACUAAUUGUACCCAUUUUGCUCGAUUACCUGAAAAUAUUCUGGUUAAAACUAUAUUUAAUCACACCUAACAAUGUUCUAUGCACAUUUUGUACUCAGCAAAAAGGGUCCUUUGGCCCGUAUAUGGCUAGCUGCUCAUUGGGAUAAAAAGCUUACCAGGGCUCAUGUUUUUGAAACAAAUAUCAGUUCUAGCGUUGAGGCAAUUUUAGAGCCAAAGUUAAAAAUGGCAUUAAGAACUUCUGGACAUUUAUUAUUGGGUGUAGUGAGAAUCUACUCUCGUAAGGCGAAAUACCUACUGGCUGACUGCAAUGAGGCGUUCGUUAAAAUUAAGAUGGCAUUUCGUCCAGGUGUUGUUGACCUUCCAGAUGAAGCAAAUCGGGAAGCUGCUAUCGCAGCUAUCACUUUACCAGAGAAUAUUCAUGAUUUUGAAGCAACUAUAGCCGAUCUCAAUGAGAUAAAUAUGAACACUAUAGCAAUAAAUCAAAGUCGUCCGGAAGAUAUAACUAUGCGUGAAGAUUUCGGUGAGAUUAAUCUAGGAAGACAAGAUGAUGAUUUCGGAGAUUCAGCAUUCGAUGAAGUAUCAAGUCGUGAAAUGAUUCGUGAUGGCGACAAAACAUUUGGUGACAGUAUUUAUCGUGGGAGUGAUCAUUUGUCAAUGCAUCAUGAUGCUGAUUUCACGUUAAACCCUGAUCAAGAUUUGGAUGCCACUUUGAUCGAUGUUAAACGAGGUGGUAGGUUAUCUGACGCAGAAAAACAAAUUAAGUCUAUUGAUUCAAUCACUCAUCAUGAUGAUAUUGGGAUGGUUGAUAAUGAAUUUGAUGACGACUUUCUGGCUGAACCAGAUGAUGAUGAUGAGAAUUUUGGUGGUCGAAUUGUUCAUUCGUUAUUCACUGAUGGUAUAUUUGAAGAUCCAUCAGCUCAGAAACAAUUAGAAAAUUUAACAUCUGAAAUUGAAUCUCAUAUGGUCACAGGUCGUUUCGAUCUACAUCAUGAUGAUAUUACUGCCACUCCAAUUCCAACAUCGAGUAAUGAAGACCUAAUAUCGAAUACCGCUACUGUCAGUAAACCAUUAGACGCUUUUUCUACAGUGUCAACAUCAGUAAACGAUUUGAUGACAACAGCAACCGCAACAACAGUAGCAAUGACGAUAACUUCAGAGACAGCUGGAUUUGUUGCUCCAACUAGUCUACCAACUGAUACAACAACAUCCAGAGUUGGACUGGGAGUUACUGCAAUGACAGAAAGUACAACUUUAAUUGGUAAUGAAUCUGAAGCUUUUGCCUUGCCACCUAUUGAGGCAACAUAUACAACAACAGGCGUUGAACCAAAACGAGCAACAAAACGUAAACGUCGACUUAUCGUUGAUGAACAAAAGUCAAUUCCAAGUGAAGUUAUGAAAUCCCAAAUGGAGAAUACCGCUGAUAUCACAACCCAAUUAGAUUUGGCACCACCGACUAAAAAACUAAUGCAUUGGAAAGAGACAGGUAGUGUGGAUAAAUUGUUUGUUCUACCUGGUCGUGCUAUUCCAUCACGUGUACUGCAACGCUUAUUUAUGCGUAAUUUAUAUACUCAGGCUGUCCCAGAUGAUGUUACUGGUACAGGGGAAUCUUUUCAAACAUCUAAUUUACUAUCUAGUCUAUCGUUUAGUUCAACUACCCAACAACAACAACAACAACAACAACCGCUUCCUGAUCAAUCGAAUAUGCUAACCAAUUCGGAGGCUUUACAACCAAACACUUCAUUCGAUCAAAAUAUUCAACAGCAACAGUCUACUGAUGUAUCGAUUUCUGAAUUUGGUGAAACAAUGAAAGAUACAAUGCAAUUACCUCAAAAAUUGGGUCCUAUCUCAGAAAUCCCAGAAGACGAAUCAGCUCCAUUUACUGCUUCACAUGGUGAACAGUCAAGGCCAACACCUGCAACAUCUCAUGGCGCCGAUAAUAAUCAAGAUGAUCUUGAUGAUGAACCACCUAUGCAUGAUGACUUAGGAUUCAUGGUAGAACCAGAAACACCUUAUCUUGCACCUCCAAGUAUUUUAUCAGAAGCCCCACCAAGUGUAAUGCAAGUUGAUAUGUUGGCAUUAGAACGUGAAUUGGCCGCAGCUGAUAAUGAAGUUGACAAUGAAUUAGAAAAUGUAUUUAAAAAUGAUGGUAGAACAUGUGAUGGUUUAUUAUCUGGAAGUGGUUUUCCUGGAUCUGAAGCUCCUCUCUCAGCUGAUGGUUUACCAUUAGAAACAGCUGAGGAACGUCGUUUAGAAAAACGUUCUAAAGUGUUAUUACGUAUGUUACGUGUACAUCAACAACAAUAUGGUUGGGAUGAACCGUUAACAUUACAAGGUUUAUGUCAUGGUAAUACAAAGAAACAAGUGAGUCAACUUGUUGUUUAUUGAUUUCUAAAUAUGUUUUCUGUACAUACAUAAUGGUGUAUUUAAAGGGAAUUUGUGUUUCACCUGUAGAAGAUACACAAAAUGCUGUUCCAUCUUAUUAUGUUUCAUUUAAGCAUUCGGAUAGUGUAUUACUGUGUUACGUAAAAUAUGGACCACAAUUUUCCUGGAGAGUGACUAAGUUGUAGAAAAAAAAUUUGUACUGUUCAAUAAGGAAUAUAUUUACGAUAUAUAUCUUGUGAAUAACAAGGAAUUCUCUAUUAUGAUGACUGGAAUCGAUAAUCAAUAUCUUCAUGAUCAAUUGGAUGUACAAUAUCUUCCUCUAUGAUUGAUUGGUUUGUUUCUGAAUAUUUGUAGCUCAGAAGAAAGAAAAUUUUCGUGAUUCCACAUUACUAAAUCUCAGUAUAGUGAUUGUGGAGAUUGUUAAGUUUUGAUUGAGAUCAUGAACCUUGACCACUGGAGCUAAUCCGUGUCGAAUAGAAACAGGUGUCUACCUCAGUACAAUGGACGGUGGUUGCGCAACUUCGUGGAUUGGUUGAGGUUAGACAUUAACACCAUUGGAGACUGGCUCAGUGGUCCAGUAGGUUAACCGUUUGCGCGCGAGACUGAAGGCCCUGGCUUCGAAUCCCGCGAACGGGAUCGUGGAUGCGCACUGCUGAGGAGUCCCACAAUAAGACGAAACGGCCGUCCAGUGCUCCCAGUUUUUCAAUGGUGGUCUAACAUCAAUCAGUUCAUAAUCUCAAUCAAUACUAGAUCUGUUGGUCUGUUCAUUCGUUCCAACAAAUAAUAGUUCACUGAUAAUGUCCCAGACCGUAAAACAUCGAUUUUUCAAGAUUGUAGAUACACCAUAAUUGUUCUUACCAACUGGCAUGAAAUUUAGGUCUGAAAGGUUUUCUUACCCAACGUCAAAGAAAGUAGUUCAUGCAAUGUUGAAACACUAGCUGCCACAUUAUAAUCUGAUCAAUAGAAUUUGAUCAACUCUCAAGCAUUAGAUAAAUAUUAUGCUAGUAACUAACUACUCAAUAAUCAGUCAAUGUUUUUCGUGCUUAUUUACAUUACUUUUCACAUUAAUAAUAACUAUUCUGUGUAUCGUUUUAUUUUUUCGCGAUCAGUUCUUUUACUUCAAAUAAGAACAGAGAUUAUGAUUCUUCUGUAUAUUAUCGAUACUACUGAUCAAUAUGACGUAACUAAAUCGAUGGUUGUGUAAUAAGAUAUGAGAUAUUAAACUCAAUAAUCUUAGCCUAUGAUACAAGGUGGUAGUUUAAGUCCCUACGAUCUAUUUGUUAUUAGUUGAGGAUUUUAAUCAGUAGAUUAAUUCAAAAGUUCUAGCCAUUUUUCUGUAAAAAGAGUAUGGUAUUGCUUAUUCCAUCGCUUAACUUGUUUUUUGUUCCAACGUCUUCAUCUGCAAUUUGCCAACAUCUAGUUUUAUUUUACGCCCGUUACUCCUCGUGAAGGAGCAUAGGCUGCUCACUAGCAUUCUCCAUCCAACCCUGUCCUGGGCAAUCCUUUCCAGCUCCUUCCAGUUGAUAUUCAUCUUUUUCAUACCUGCUUCUAUUUCCCAACACAUUACGUCUGGAAAUAGAAGAUCUAGUUUAGUUUCUACAAAUUGUUGUCUAUUGAUAUAUCACUGUUUUUGACUGAUCACUUUUUUGUCUGUUUUUUUUCGCUUGUUCAAAUGUCUACAUUCAAGGCUGCUUCGAAAUUCUAUACAGUUCUACUAUUACGUAAACAAGGAGCUGUGGAAUUAGCACAAGAAGUUGCCUACUCAGAUAUUUAUAUAUCCCGUGGACCAAACUUUUUCCGUCUGGUGGAAACAUAAGUUGUUGUGUGUUUUUUUGUUUGAGACUAACUUUCACAUUCUCUUGCUUCUCUGUUUUUCGAUGUCUUAUACAUACAUACAUACAUUGCCUUACUCUAUUCAGACGAUCAAAGCUUCACAUUAUCUCCACUGUAUUGUGUUUUCAUUGACUAUACGUGUAUCUUCUUUGUGGAUCUAUGUAUAUGUAUCUCAUUGUCAUUACUUGUAUCAUCAUUGCUUAUUUUUAAAUGCAUUUCAUAAAAGAGAAUAACUUUUUCUGUUUAUUUUUCGACUUAUCAUUACUCUCUAAUCAGUGUAUAAAUAUUUGAUUUUUUAUAUUAUUAUUAUUAAUAUUAUACACGUGUAUGUAAUUCACUUGUUAAGAUAGUGUAUAUGUGACAUUCUAUUUUUUUGUAUUGCAAAUAUAAAGUUUCAAAAACAAAACUACAAC